AUGGCAACACCUCCAUGACACCUCCCCACGGUGGUGGAGGAAACCCACGGUAUUACCCAGACCCGUCGAGAGGCAGACCUGCUUAUAACUUAACAACAUGGAGUUGAUGUUAUCCGCUCUAAUUCAGGACAAGGGUUACCAGCACAUGGUUGGGUGCAGCAGCAACAUGGUAGUCACAUGCGGAUGCGGAAGGAGUCUGUUAGGUGUUCUCAUCGCUGGACCCCCAGAUCCAACACACCAGAACCAGUCACACCGUCAACGCCUUCUCGUGGAGGUCGCAUUGUGGUGGCCAUGUAUUCAUUCCAGGGUCGCAGUAGUGGUGAACUUAGCUUUGAUAAAGGCGAUAAAAUGGAAAUUAUCAAUGAUGCUGAUGCAGACUGGUGGUUGGCGCGGCACAUGACCAGAUGUACUGAAGGCUACAUACCUAAGAACUACGUAGCGUCGGCUUCCUCUCUUGAAUGCCAAGACUGGUACUUUAGCAAGAUAGCAAGGAAGGAGGCAGAGAAAUUAUUAAUGACACAAGGAAAUUUAAGGGGAACCUUCCUUAUUCGCAUGUCCGAACAGUCUAGUCAUGGGUAUUCCCUCAGUAUAAGGGACUGGGAUCAAAACAAAGGUGAACAUGUGAAGCACUACCGAAUCAAGGUCACAGACACAGGGGGGUACUUUAUCACAUCAUCUCAAGCCUUCCGGACGCUCAAUGACUUAGUUGAUGCUUACAAAAAGAACAACUAUGGGUUAGCGUGUCUCCUGCAGUACCCGUGUCCUCGUCCACAGCCCCAGAAAUGGGACUUGUCACGAGAGACAAAAGAUCAGUGGGAGAUUGACCGCUCAGUCCUGUCUAUGGAUAAAAAGUUGGGACACGGUUCUUUUGGUGAAGUUUGGUAUGGAAUGUGGAAUAACUCAACAGAAGUAGCCAUCAAGACACUUAAACAAGGAGCAAUGAGUCCCUCUGCCUUCCUUGAAGAAGCAAGAAUCAUGAAAAAAUUACGGCAUCGUAAUAUACUUGUUCUUUACGCUGUCUGUACUAAGGAGGAACCCAUCCUGAUUGUCACUGAGUACAUGUGUAAUGGUGCGCUAUUAGACUUACUCAGGAAUGAAGGCGAACGCACCUUAAAACUCAAUGACCUUAUAUAUGUGGCCACACAGGUUGCAGCAGGAAUGGCAUAUCUUGAAAGCCUACAGUUACUACAUCGAGAUUUAGCUGCUCGUAAUGUAUUAGUCGGUGAUUCUUUGCUAUGUAAAGUAGCUGACUUUGGCCUUGCAAGAAUAGUGGAGGGAGAAGACUACUGUCCGAGCACCUGUAACAAAUUCCCCGUCAAGUGGACUGCCCCUGAGGCCAUGUUAUACAACCGCUUCACCAUCAAGUCUGACGUGUGGUCAUUUGGGGUGCUGCUGAUGGAGGUGAUCACGUUUGGUGCUAACCCAUAUCCAGGGAUGACCAAUCGAGAGGUUGCAGAAUCAGUGCCCAACGGAUACCGAAUGGGUAAACCAGCCAACCAUUACUGUCCCGACUAUGUCCAUGAAAUCAUUUGUAAAUGCUGGAACGUGGAUCCUGCAAAAAGACCAACAUUUUCUUACCUAUCUGAUCUCCUCGGUAACCUUGAUAUAGCCUCUGAGCAGUUUUAUGCAGAAUCCAGCGAAGCAUUCUCAUAGAGCUAGGUUUGUUCAGGGAGUACUCACUUCUAGUAAUUCUAAUCCACACUUGAUAGUCCUCGACAGCUACACAUAUAGAAAUUUUCUGUUAGUUAUUGGACAAAUUCGAUCAGAGUUACACUGUGAUAUGUGUAUUCAUUGGUUUUAUAAGGCAUUAUCAAUUAGGAACUUCAGUACACAAGUAUCAGGUUGGACAUAGAUUGCUGAUUUUGCUGUGAGUGUGUUUGUCUGUUAAUAUAUAUAUAUGUGUGUGUGUGUGUGUGCAUGUGGUUAUUAAUAUGUUUGCUGAGAAUGUGAGCAUAUGCAUAUACAAGUGCUGAUGUGGAUACAUUGUGUGCAUAUAUGUAUAUGUGUGUGUGUGUGUGUGUGUGUACUGAUAUAUAUAUUUAUGCAUUCAUGUAUAUGUAUUGGUGCAUGGGUGCAUAUCUUUAUAUAUGUUUGUCAUUAUGGGAAAAGUGUUGGCAUGUACACACAUUCAAGCAUAUGUGCCUGUGUACUUGCAGGAAUGUGUUUAUUGUGUUUUAUUCAUGUGUGAAUUUGUAUUUGUAAACAUUCAUGUGAACUUAUAUUUGUAAACAUUUGUAUGUUCAUAUAUGUACAGUAUGCAUUUAUGUGUCUACAUGUGUGUAUGUGGUUGUGUAUAUUUUCACCAAUGUGUAUGGUCACAUACCUGUUUACAUGUACAGUAUUUAUAUGGCUGUAAAAUGCUUAUGUACGUGUACAAGUUUGUGUCAUUUGGUGUUGUCUUCUGAGUAUCCAAGGGAUUCACUUUAAAGGUGGAGCUUCUAUGCUGAUAAAAAGUUGAUGCAGAAUCAGUAAUUAUCUUUGUCGUGAUAAUUUCAUUAUUUGGGGUAAGAAAAUUAUGUUCAACACUAAAGUCUUAGAGAUAAAUGAAUAACUAGUAUGUGAGGUACAGUACAUGCAAGGAGGAGGACAUGUCUGUUUUGCUUGGAAAAUUCAUCCUUUGCUAAGCAUUCCAUUUUAAUGUAAGAGUAAAGAUCUAUGUUUUAGAGUAGUGUUGUUUGUUUUCUUAUUGCUCUAAGUAACUAUUUGAUGGAAUCCUUUUUGGUAUUUACCCAGUUAUGUCAUAUUUGCCUACAGUAUGAGGUGAGACAUGACAUUGAUCACCACGUCUCACACUGAUCACUCUCUUCACUUCUCUGUAUAGACUAUAGAAAUACAAAGGACUACAAGUGUAUUUUUGUAUUGUACAGCAUAGAAUUAUAAGCUGUUUAAAUUUGUCAGUGAGAAAGAAUUAACAGUAGUGAAUAAAGGGAGAGUAAGCUUUGGAAUCUGUGUAGUGCAGGAAAAAGCUUUUAAGAGUAGGGAAAGUCUGUGCAGUGACUUGUUAAUCCGGAGAAACAUUAACAUCUGUAUAUCUUGCAUCAAUGAAAGAGAUCUUUGACAUAAAACAUAUUGAUAAUUUUGAAUUUGCAGUAUUAGUAAUCUUGAUUUUGACAAAUUUAGAUUGAUUGAUAUAAAAUAAUUAAAUUCUUUGAAAAAUCAUCUACAGCAAUACUCCUGUCAUGUUUCGGUUGAUAAAAGCUCUUGCUGUAAACACUACUACUGUAGUGUGUAAAUAUUCUAAAUAAGUUUACAUUAGGACUUGUCAUUCAGAUGAAUUCCAUGUAUUUGCGACCUUUGGCAUGUAAACGUGGGGAAUAUAAAGGGUAGUACAGUAUACAAAUUUUAUAUCUGUUUAGUUGGUUAGAUUGAUGGGAUAAAUAAUCCCAAGCAUUACACACAGGUCAACAUUCCCAAAGAUUCACUUGCAUUGAGGGACAAAUAUAAUGAGGCCAAACUUGUGUCUUUACUUUGCUCUCUUAUUCUUGUGUAUAUGACUGACUAGAUAUGAAAUAAGGUAGAAUGCUAUUUAAAACCAUGAGUAAAUUGAACUGUGUACAGUAGUAGUAUUAUGCAUAAUUUCUAACGAAGUGAGUACUUCCUAGGAAGAUACAUACAAACUGAGAGUAGAUUGGAAUAUAGGAUUUGUUGAUGUGUGUCUGAGAAUCUUGUUUGGGGUACUUGAGUGGGGGUUGUGUCUGGUAGAGGUCCAACUUUGAAGUUUGUAAUUAAUAUGUAAAACUACUCAAGAGCUUCUUUUUUUUUUGGCAACACCAGGAACCUGAUUACUGUAGCAGUUUUAAGAAGAUAUAUGCUUCGUUCUAGUAAUGCAUAUUGUUGACAACUACUUUCUUACUAUUAUUAAUGCAGAUCAUGGUAAGGACAUUGACAAGAUACAUUGGAUUAAAGUUAUUCAGUAUUUGGUGUGUGAUUACAUUUUCUCUGGAGCAUAUUUGCACAUAGAAGAUUUCUGAAAUUGUCAACCAUGAUCUGUGUGUUCAUAAAAGGUUAUUUGUAAUAUGACUCAAAGGGUAUAACUUGGAAGAAAUAUAACAGGUGCAGUAAUUGUGUAUUUUAAAAUACGCCAAAGUGUAAAGCUUUGCCUUUUUAUAUUUUAUAUGGUAAUGCAAUUCAAACUGACAAGAGCUGAGUGUCAGGAAGACUUGAAGUGAAGAUGUUAUUGGACCAGUUGAAUGUCUCUUACCUUCCCUUGUUUCAUCAAUUGGAUAAUAAUGAGUCAUGAUCACAAUCUGUAAAGUUGGGUACAAGUUCCCAGGGGUCCAUUUAAUCCAUAUAUUUAUAAUUGCAAGUCUUCCUUAACCUAAUAGUAAGACUGCAUUGUAUAGUAAAGUUAGCUCGUGGCAUGAGAAAUUUUUCAAAUUUAUUCGGUGGGAUUUCACUGCAGUGUUUAACACAAAGUUUGAAUGUAAUGUUCUCAACUCAGACUUAUUUUGUGGCUGCUCAUGCUCCAUCACUGCAUAAAAAUUAUGUUAAAAAAUAUUCCAGAAAAAAUGCCUGAAUGUAACUUUCUUUCUGGUUGAAAUAUCUGAGAUGUUUGAAACAAAAGGCAUUUACCAUAUAAGUUCUUUAAUCAAGCAAAGUGAGAAGGUGAUACUUCUUGUUCUUGAGGAAUAUACAUGCUUUGUUUGGUAAAGGAUAAUUUUCCCAUUAACUCACACUGGUUUUAAGGAAGCUUCCCUGUUUAUUGUCAUAUGUGAAAAUUAUUCCUGAAGUUGGUGUGGGUUGUGGUUAUUUUUUACCAAGCAGGAAAAGAGAAGCCUGUGCUGUAACUUGCAUGUUUCUUUCUCUUCCUUAGACUGUGUAAAGUACAUUGAUAGUUAUAUUUAAGUCAUUAUUACCAAAGCUGUCAUUGUUUGUACAUUGAGAAUACUGUAGCCAGUGUAGAAGUCACCACAAUUGAUAAUCAUUUUCAUGAUUAGUAUAAUGUUAGGUAGAAUGGCUGCCAUGGCAAUGGAUACAAAUGUUAUGGGACUUGGUGUUUGGAAAUUUUACCUUACACCUUAGUCCAAGCAUAGGGUCUCAUUCCCCAGAGUUUCUAUUGGAUUCUAACCAUUUAUUUGAAGGUAUAUAUACAGUAAAGAUUUUUGUGCUGUUACAAAAAUUAAUUGUUGUAUCCCUCAGAAAAGUCAUUAGGAGUUAGGUUCAUUCCUCACCAAUAAGUCUGUACCUACAGAUGCCAAUAGUCCAAGCAACAUUUUAUCCUGGGUAGUAGUUACUCGACAAUGAGCCUCAAAGCUUCCUGUCCCAAAUAGAUGUAAUACUGUAAAUUUUGAGAAUAAAAAUAUAUAUAUGUGUGUGUAUGAAAACUGCUUGAGGGUGGGUGAUAAUGUACUGAACCAUACUUAGGGAACUUUAUGACUUAAGUAAAGUAUUAAAUGUUUUCAAUGUGGGACAAGGUGCUCUGGGGUCCUGAGACUGCCCGUGCUCGUUCUUCAUAUAUUUCUCCAAAGAAUGCAGAGUUUCUGACUGUACAUAAUUAUCAUAAGUGGGAUUUUCCCUUUUGUAGAAAUAACACGCAUUUAAUUUGUGAAGGACAGAAGUCACAAAUAAGUAUAUAGAAAAGAAUUUUUUUAUGGCGAUAACACAUCUUUCUUUUAAACCCGUAGGUGCUCAUUGACAGACGAAGACAUGACAAAUGACUCUAACUAAAUAAGAAAUCUCAGUUUUUAAUCUCAUUUGUAGACUAUUUAAAUAACUUAUAAUUUAGUGCUCAAAUGACCUCUCUGCUUUUAUUAUUUUAAUUCUGGCAUGGCUUUAUUCCUCGCCAACUUAGGGUUCUCUUUACACAUACACGACAUACUCUAGUACUGUAACAUCUUGCCAAAAAUACGCAAAAAAAAAAAAAAAUCAUCAACACAAAUGUACAUACCAUACAGACACAUGCAUAUGUACAGUACAUACAUGCACAUGUAAUCAUGCAUAGUUUUGUACACAUUCAUGGACAUAUGCAGUCAUACAUACAUGUAAGCAUAUCCAUACACACAUGCACAUAUAUUCUCACACACACACACACACACACACACACACACACACACACACACACACACACACACACACACACACACACACACACUCACACUCACACUAUAUUCACUAACUCAUUGGUGCUCAGAACUUGAAAAUAAGCUAAGUAUUUGAAUUUUGAAGGAGGGACUUAAACAGUAAAAAAAAAAAAAAUUACACUGAAGUGCAAGAAAACAAACAUUUCCAUGUUUUACAAUGAAACAAUAGGAACUUGAUCAUUCAGCUUUUGUUUAAUUGACCCGUCAACUCAACUCCUCUACGUUUGGUGUCCUCAGCAACCAUUACAAUUGUGAAAGUUGAUUGGCUGCUGGUUGUUCCUAAAUGAGUAGCAAUGAGGUAGUGCAACUCGCCCAGCAGCCAAUCAACAUCUUUGUAUUAUAACAUUUACUAAGGACACCAAAAAUGGAUAGAGCUCAGUUGAUAGAUCAGUUAUUAAUCAAUGAUACUGACUUCAGGGUUUAAUGAUUAUCACGUUGAUUGGGUAAUGAGUAUGUGUUUAGUCCACUUACCUCAAGAGCAUGAAUUGUGAAGAAGAAAGUUAAAUUUGACUGAAAUAUUAAAUGGGGUUAUCAGUCACGUGUUUGAGUACAGCAACUUCUAGGCUUUUACAUUAUAGUAAAUUGGAGGUAACUGCUCAUUAAGUUUUGUUUUUGAUGAGAACUUAUACAGUACUUGCUUGUUGAGCAUAAAAUACAAAGCUGAAUGUAGAUUGAUUGUAAUCAUGAUACUGUAUAUCUGUUGCUACUUGACUUAAUAGGUACAUUAUGGGGAGGUGGUUGUGAAAGUUAGGUUUCAUGGGACCAGGCCAAGCUUGAUGAUUAUUUUUGUUGUAUCACAAGGUACUGAAUUGACUUUAUCUAGACAAAUAUUAUUAUUAGCUUUUGAACACUUGAGUCAUUGGUUUCUGGACCUAAUAAGACAGUUGAUGAGACCUUGUGUAAUAAUACUGUCUGUGGUGUGAUGAGACCACAGUUAAUGCUGGUAAAGUCCUCACUCUAAUAUGUUAAUUCAGGAAGUAAAUCCCAAAAGUACUGUUCAUACUGAUGCAAAGUCUGCCUACUGCUGAAGGUGUCUCGGUCACUCUACCUGGCUUGGCCCCAUGAUGAAGGCACCAGUGUAACCCAUUCUCCUGGCUUGGCCCCAUGAUGAAGGCACCAAUGUAACCCAUUCUCCUGACUUGGCCCCAUGAUGAAGGCACCAGUGUAACCCAGUCAGUGAGAAGAUAUGAUAUUUGUUGACUGGCAUCACUGGACCUUUGCCUCAGUCCUUAAACAUAUGGAUAUCUCGUGUGGCUCAUAUAAUCAGGUUCUCAUUGUUAAUAUCAUGGGAGUGUGUUUUAGAACCCAUAAAGAGUGCUUGAACACAAAACUAGUCAGGUAUUACACAAGAUGGCCCUGUUGUCUCAGUCCCCCAUAUGGCCGGGGCUAACACAUUAUCAUAAGUAACAGGUGAUUUUAAUUUUUUUUUUAUACUCAAGGAGAAAAAUAAUAUUAGGCCUUUUACAGUUAUUUUGCAAUUGAGUGUCAGAAGUCUUAAGCUCUAGGAAGUGGAGGUACCUGUUCAUAUCCUCAUGUUAUUUAUCAUGCUCUCAUCUUUAAUUAAGGAAAUCAGUCAGUCAUGUCACUUUGCUGUUUCAUAGUGUAACUCUAUUCAUCUACUUCCAUGGAGCAUCGACUGAAAACUUACUCUUGAGGUGACACUUUUCUAAACUUUGAGACAGAUCUUCAACUGUUUAAAGAUUUCAUUAAUAGCCUCCAGUUAACUAGGUUUUCUUACAUACUCUUCUGCCACUUCAUGGUAAUUAUUUAACCAGAUACCUCUUUUUUUUUUCUUUUGUAAAUCAGUAAUCCUUUUUAUUUUUUUUUUACAUUUAUUAGGAGAAAAUGCUCUCUUGUUUUUGUUUAAGAUCAUAACAUGAUUGAACAAAACUUUUAUACUUUUUAACUUUUUUAUAUUGUAAGCAAGACAUAUAAAACAGUGUACACAAUAAUACUGUUUAUGUCUGUUUCAUAGUAAUUAAUAUUGUAUCGAAACAAUAAAAUGUGUUCGUCUGU